UAGAUUAAAUGGCACCACAACAUCACCAGUCCUUCGUGGUGGUUCUUGUACGGUGUUUAGUUGAAUUUUCGUGGUCGCAAAUACGUUAAAAUUGCGCGUGUAUUGUCUUAUUCUAAAGAUCACUUUUACUUUUGUUGGGUGCAGGAGAUUUAAUUUGAACGUAGCCAGCGACCUGAUUAGUAAACUAUGACGACCUCCACAGACAUACCAAAAUGGUAUGCUGGCCAACAUAUUUUCGUCACAGGAGCCACCGGUUUUAUGGGCAAAGUGUUGGUAGAAAAGCUACUGCGCUCCUGUCCAGGUGUUUCGACCAUUUACAUCAUCAUUAGGCACAAGAAAGGUCGGACCACUGCUCAGAGAUUGGAAGAUUUUCUAAAUAGUCCCGUGUUUGAUAAGCUUAGGGAUAAGCCAAAUGGUGAAGAAAUCUUGGGUAAACUAAAAUGUCUUACUGGUGAUGUCACUUAUCCAAACCUCAACCUAUCCGAAGCAGACCAGAAAGAGCUGGAAGAUAAUGUUACAACAGUAUUUCAUAUGGCAGCUAAUGUACGAUUUGAUCAACCACUUAAAAGUGCCGUUUUAUUAAAUACCGGUGGUACUCUAAACGUACUGGACCUGGCAUGCAAAUUUAAAAAACUCAAAGUGUUCAUCCACACAUCCACUUCUUAUUGCCAUUGCGACCAAACCAAACUAGAAGAGAAGCAAUAUCCAGCUCCACAUAAUCCACGGCAUAUCCUAGAGCUGGUAAAAUGGAUGGACGGAGACUUACUAAAGAUGCUUACCCCAAAGUUGUUAGGCAACUCACCAAAUACUUAUGCUUAUACCAAAUGUUUAACUGAGGAGCUGGUGUCUGAAUAUCAGGAUAGAUUACCUAUCGCCAUUUGCAGACCAUCUAUUGUAAUAGCUGCUUGGAAAGAGCCAAUACCUGGUUGGGUGGAUAACCUUAACGGACCAACAGGAAUUUUGGUGGGAGCAGGAAAGGGUGUCAUCAGAACCAUGCACUGUAAUGGUGAAUUCAUUGCUGACGUUGUCCCCGUUGAUAUCAGUGUGAACAGUUUGAUUUUGGUUGCCUGGAAAAUUGGAACCGAACCAAAGAAAGACAAAGCGGACGUUUAUCACGUGACUGUAAAUACUAGGUACGCUCUUAGUUGGAAGGAAGCCUUGGAGAUGGGCAGGAAGCAUUUCUACGAUUAUCCUUUUAGUGUUUGUUUAUGGUAUCCUGGAGGGAAUAUUAAGUCUACAUACCUCGCGCAUGCUAUUACAGCAUUCUUUUUGCACUUGGUGCCCGCCUAUGCAGUUGAUUUUAUUAUGUAUCUCACCAAUAAUAAGCCUUUCUUAGUGCAAACCCAGAAGCGUAUCCAGAACGGCUUAAGCGUCCUGCAGUACUACACAACAAGACCAUGGUACUUUUCUAACGAAAAGCUCUAUAGGAUUUAUGACACUUUAAGUGCAAAGGACCAAGAUAGUUUUUAUCUGGAUCAAGGCCAGGUAAUGAAUGACGAGUAUAUGAAGAGUUAUAUCUUGGGUGCUAGGAAGUAUUGCGUCCAUGAGGAACCAGAGACUAUUCCAUAUGCUCGAAGAGUACUUAAGAGAUUAUACUACUUAGACAUCUUCAAAAAUAUCCUUCUAGCUUUAAUCCUUAUGUGGUGCUUUUACUUGCUAGUUACCGGCCUAUCAGAUAGAACAACUGGUUCAGGAUCUCUGUUCAACUCAACAAAACCCAGAGACGCUUUAAGUUAUGUAAAAUUCAGUCCAUAACACGAAAUAUCCAUUCAUCAUAGUUAUUUAUUUAAUUAGUUUUAAAAUUAUUCAAUAUCUUAUAAGUUAAGUGCCAAUAAAAUAAUCACUUUUAUAAA